GAGUUGGAAAGUCACAACUAUUUCUUCGUUUCUACGAUGGCUUUUUUUUGCCCACCUAUACUAUUACCAGUGGAGCUGACUACAGAAGUAAAGAUAUUGCAAUGGACGAUAUAAAGAUCAGGAUCGAUACGUGGGAUGCUGUAAACCAACAGCAUUCUGACGUUAUAAUUCACGCAAAAAAAUGGUUCGAAUAUAUAAAGCAAUUUGUCUAUGAAGGAGCCAGUGUGAUCCUUGUUGGAAAUAAGUGCGAUGAGGUUGAAAAUAAGGUAAUCACUAAAGAACAAGGCCAAGCUCUUGCAGAUGAAUUUAAAGUCAAAUUUUUCGAAACAAGUGCCAAGCUUGACAUUAACGUUGAAGAAGCAUUCUAUACUUUAGUCAGAGAUAUUAAAGAGAUACUUAUUGAUCCAUAUCAAUUUGAACAAGAGACAACUACCAAAGAACAGAGUAAAGAGUCCGUAGAUGAUUCGAAAAUUAGCAACGUUAAACAAACAUUAUCUACUUUGGCUAGGGACGUUAAAGAAAUGAUUAUUGGUACCAAUCAAGUUGACGUAUCUUCUGAUAGUAUAUUCUACGAUGACAUUUUUAACAGUGCAGAUGAAAAAAGUGUAAACAAAGAUGAAUUCAAUUCGAAUAUCAGAAUAAAUGUAACAAGCACAACAAGCACAACACGUCAGCUAGAAGAUUUGAACAUUGAUAAUAAUAGACCUGCUAUUUCACAAUUAAGUGAAUUUAACUUAUUUGAUUUAAAAGAAUUCAAGUCGUCCAUAGGAAAUUUCGCAAACACCACAAAUAAUUAUAUCUAA